ACACAAAACUACCUCAAAACCCGAAUUCCCCCCCUUCCCCCCUCUCUCUCUCUCUCAGCUAACGACCCUUUUAACUCCACGCACCGAAAAAACCAAUCUUGAGAAAAAAAAAUGGUGAAGCUAGCGUCGGCCCGAGAAUCCCGCAUGUACGGGCCAAGACUGGCCCGAAACCGUUCGGAGUACAUGAACGCGGGCCUUUACGUGUUCGCCACGAUCCUGCUGAUGGGCGGCUUCGCGGCCCAGUUCUCGAGCGAGCCCAAAUCCGGCCUUGUCCUCCUCCUGAUGGGCUUUCUCAUCGUGAUGGCCGUGAACCUCCACGACCUUGCGGCCCACCUCGCCGGAAUAGAUUUCCGGCUGCCGUUGGUGGAGUUCGAUAUCCAGCUGGCGCUCGUCGAGUUUGCGGUGCCCCUUGUUUACAGUCUAGGGACGCUUCUCCUUUUCUUGGCCACUCUUUUUAUUCUCGUUCAGGCAGGAAAAAAGCACGAGCAUUUUAAAUUGGAACGUGUUGCUUUGAGCAUGUUGAUCGCGGGUCCCGCUUUGUGGCUACUUGGGUCGAUCCACAACUCGUGCCAGGUGUACGAGAGGGCAGGAGGGCACGUACAGGUCUUGCAAGAGAGUGUUCUUAUCCCGUUUUUAAUGGCGAGCCUGUUGUUUCUCGUGGGUUCGGUUCUCAACAGUCGAGAACAAGUCGGGCAUGUUCACCAUGGCUUGAACCUAAUACUUUUCAUUGGGGCAUUGGCCAACGUAGUUAAAGUUUUCAAAAUGCAACAAAUGGACGGGCUAAGGCUAGAGAAACUCCGUGGUGGGGCCCAAGAGCGUCUCAUUCGGCUACGAGAAGGGCAUUUACCACUAAUUGCAGAGGAAGAUAGAAUAAUCAAAGGGAAGGAAGAAGAAAUAAGGCGGGCGCCAGUGGUGGACGUUGUGAGGGAGGGCCGAUCAGGUGAGGGAGGGUCUAGGGAAAUACCGACGCCUUACAAAGACGUGCUUAUUGGCUAG